UACUUGGAGUAUUUGAAAAAGUACCCUUUGUUAACGAAGUCUGUUACUGCUGCUGUGUUGGCUGUUUUGAAUGAAACGAUUGCAACUACUAUAUCCAAGGAUUUCAGAAUCUCAAGAGUGUUGAAUCAAAAGAUAAAGCAUCCAUUUUCCAUAAAGAUUCCAUUAAUGGCACUUUUCGCAUUUGCCAUUAAUGCUCCAGUAUCACAUUAUGGGUUUUUGUUUUUGAAUAAAUUGUUCAAAGGUCCUUUAUCAAAGCGUGAUAAAAUAUUACAAAUCUUGACCAUGUUGAUGACAGUAACCCCAAUCCAAUGCUCUUUGAUCGUGUCAUUUAUAUCAUUGAUCAAUAUGAGACCUCCAAUUCAAUCACUAUCUACUGAUGAGAUCAAAAGAACUUUAUCCAGUGUUAAAACUUCAUUAAAAGCUUCUUUGUUAAAUGUUUUGAAAUCAUCUUGGGUCACAACUCCUAUUGUUUUAACUAUUGCUCAAAAUUAUAUUCAUCCAGAUAUGUGGGCCGUCUUUACAAAUAUUGUUUACUUCUUUUUGGGUACUGGUCAAAACACUUUCUUGAAG